UGAUGAAGAGGAUGAGGAGGAUGACAUUAUUCGGAAACGUGGAUGCUCGAGAAAAUCGCCCAAGGUCACCCAUGUACAUCACUAUGAGAACGGCGUCGAAAUGAUGAAAGCUCUCGCAAAAUCCUUUAAAUGUCCCGAAGACAGUGCAUUCUUUGGAAGUUUUGACAUUUUGAACGUGCCAGAGAUUCCAGACAGAGAUAGAGUACAGCUAGUCACGUACGAAAUAUGGAGAGCCACGGGAUACCGAUUUACGAUCAAAGAUCACCCUCAAACGAAGACUGGACAUACGACGCGUUUUUGGUGCUCCCAAGACGUCCAUCGUAAAUAUCGUCAGACCUUGAACGUCGUUUCGCGCAUGAUCAAAAACAGGUUUCCUUGUCGCAGCAGGCUGCUAGUUUCCUCUCGGGAUACUGAAACGCCUGGAUAUCGACGAGUAACAAUGCGAAUGUAUCAUCGUUUCCCGCAUGAACCAUAUACUGAAACGCAACGCAUAUGGCCUGUUGGAUCGAGUCUAGGUCCGAGUCCGAGCUGGAUGGGCUCAGUCGAGGAAGAAGACAGAGUAAGAGUAGCCACAAAUGCUGUUCAUCCUCAUUCCUAUACUCCUCGUCCGAUCUUGUCUCCAAUAGAAUUCGGACAGGAAAGCAGGAUUGAUCCAGACGGAGUCUCCAGAGCUGGCCAACAGAUGUAUGCGGAACAGGUUUUCAAGAAUCCCGGAAUAGCUCCAUCUCAUUCGACAACGUCAUCUACAUCUAUGCUCAAACUUGCGUCUACAUCUCCAUCUGUCUUAUCUGCAUCUUUGUUUGGAUCUUCUUCAAUGAAUCAUAUCCCUGUUCCUUCGCUUGUUUCUCUGUAUUCUAUUUACCCAGUCUAUCCAAAUCAUCCGAUUCACGCCAAUCCCCUGGUCACCAUCGGUCAAUUGCAAUCCAAUCUUAUGACUCCCACCUCAGAUCCCGGGCUUGCCUAUUUCAAUCAAAUUUCCCAUUCGAAUCCCGGCAACUUAACGUCUUUUCCUUCUCCUUCUCCUGGACCUCCUACUGUUGCUUCCGCUUCCGGUCUCACAUCUGUUUCCGCAUCCGCAUCCGCAUCUCCCGUGUUGCCCAUCUCCACUGAAACCUUCCAACGAAAAAUGCACACUUACAUCCGGAACAUUCGCGAUUUUUGUGACGGGUUGGAAUAUCAGCUCCAAUUCAAUGAUCUGAGGAUGCUGCAGGAGCUCGAGGAGAAGGGGAACGGUUUUCUGGAGUAUGUGAAGACAUGUUUGGAGAGGGAAGGGAGACUGAAGUCGGACCAGAGCCAGGAUGAAACCGGAGCUUAAGUAUUGUCAUACAAACAAUGCAGAUGAAGGAGAUUGACUGAGACCAGGCGCACAUUCAUCUUAGGAAUUUCUUGAUCUUCAAUCAGCGCCAGGAGCCCGGAUCCUCGAUGGGACCGAAAUUGCGGGUACGGAUUGUUCCACUGCCAACCAAUAGAUAUUACCAUUUCACGGCGCUCUGCUGAAGAUACGGUACCGUAAGUAAA